AUGUUAAUUAAUAUUAACAAUAUAUAUAUAAAUGGUAAUUCAAAUAUUGAAGAAAUUAAUCAUAAAUCUGAUAUUGAUACAAUUGAAAGUGUUGAAGCAUUGAAAAAUCAAAUUAUUAUUAAUACAUCAAAAAUUGGUCCUAUUGAUAUAUUAAAAGUUACUAUUGAUGUAUAUGAUUUAGAAAAUAAAAAAUUAUUAUAUUCUAAUUCAUAUUCAGGAAUUUUAUUACUUAUCUCUCGAGGAAAAUAUGUAAUUAAUUUUUUGGAAUCAUUUCAUUGGUAUGGAAUAAUAUAUCAAGUUUAUCAAACAACAUCACAAGAAUCAAAACAUCAUAUUGAAAAAAUUAUGGUUAAAACAAUAGGUGAAAAAAAAAAUAAUUUAUCACAAAAAGAAACACCAUUAUUAUUAAGUGUUAAAAGUGAACGAUCCAAACUAGAAGAAACACAUUUAGUUGUUUUUCAAAUAAAAUGGAAUGAAUCAACAAAAGAUAAGAAAGGAAUUGAUUAUGGUAAAGCUAAUAUAACAUUAGAAUGUAAUGGAAUUUUAAAAAAUAAAGAAAUAACAUUAAAUAAAAGUGAGCUAGGAAAAGAUAUUGAAAUUAAAAUAGAAAAUGAUUUUGGGAUUCAUGAAGAAUUUAAUGGAUCACAUAAAUUGAUUGCUGUUGUUAAACCAAAAUAUUGUAAUAAAUUAUGUUGGAAUGGAAAAAUAUAUUCUACUGUUUUAGAAUAUACUUUUGAAAGAGAUAUAUCAAAAGAAUGUGAAAAAUUUAAUCCUAUAUAUGCACAAACAGAAGUUCGUGAUAUUAUUUCGUAUAAUAUUAGUGAUAGUAAACUAAUUAUAUUUACAACACAACCUAAUGAAAUCCCAAUAACUGAUGAGAAGUAUGAUAUUAUAAUUGUUAAAGCUAUUCAGCUUGCACAUAAAAAUAUCACAAUAAACAAUUCAACUAAUAUUACUGAUAAUGAUGAAAAUAAUCAAAAUGAAAUAGAUUUACCUGAAAAUGAUGAUGUUGGAAAAAAAAAUAAUACUAUUGAAGAAGAAUUUGUAAUAACAGGAAAUGAUAGAUACAAUAUGUCUCAAUUUGAAAUAAAAAAUUUAGAGGAAAAUAGUUAUUAUGCUGUGUCAUAUAACUAUAAAAAAUUAAAUCCAAUUCCUUAUCAUGAUGAAUUAAAUUUUGUUAUUCAAAUACCUGAAAAAAAUUUAACAAAACCAACAUUUUUACCAGUUAUUGUAAAUAUAUCUACAACAACUUUAGAUAAAGAAAAAAAAAAUUCUAGUGAAAAUUUAAAGGAGAAUGAACAUAUUAAAGCAAUGAUAAAUUUUUAUAUUUCAAAAGAAUUUAUGAAUUAUAGAAUAUUGGUAGAGAUUCAAUCUAUUAUUAAUGAAAGUGACAUUUUUUUACCAAUUACUUCAAAAACAAAUGAUAGUAUUUUUUGGUUAACACAAAAAUCUAAUGUUCAUUCAAUUAUAUUACCAGAAGAUUUAAUAAAAUAUCUUUGUGGUAAAUGUAAAUUAAAUAUAAUUAUAUGUUAUACGUAUGAGAAAGAAGAAAGUAAUAAAAGAUUUAAAAGAAAUAUUAAAAAUGUUAAUAAUAUACCUGAAAAUUAUGAUGAAAAUUUAAAUAACACUUUUCUAAGAACUAAAAAUGAUUUGAUGGAUGUUUAUAAUGAUACAGAUAAUAAGUCAUUAAAAGAUAAAAUAAACAUGUCGGCAACAUUAUUAUUAUCAACACUAGCAACCUUACCAAAUGAUAAUAAUAAGAUGGAUAAAGAUAAUGAUAAUAUGGAUAAUGAAAAUGAUGAAGAUGAUGAAAAAAUAAAGAGAAAUACUUCUGAAAAAACAAUUUUUGAUGGAUUAAAAAUGGAAACUAAUAUGACAUCAUUACUUUCAAAUGAAAGUAAUGAAAAAUGUACUCAACUACAAUUAUGUUAUAAAUUACAUAUAUAUUUAGAAUCAAAAAUGUAUGAUAUUGGAAAACGUUGUCAUAAUUUAACAGAACUCUUUUUAAUUAAUGGUAAAGAUAACUUAUAUUCUAUUAAUUUAAUCUAUUUUUUAAUGUUUUAUUUUAUAUUAUAUAAUUUUGUAAAUUGA